UAUGUCUAGGCAGAGUCAUUCCACGCUUCUGCACGAAUCACGGUAUAUGCAUUAAUUAGCUCAGCCUUGACAGCUCCAAUCCAACAGUUGCUCCACACCGGCUUGACUCCACCCCGCGUCCCCGCAGCUCCGUCCUGAUGAAUGCAACGGCUCCAUCUUCACACUCAACUGGAUAGUAAGCCGAGCUGAGCGACCAUUGUUAACUUAUACAUUAACUCCUUCUAAGACUUUCCGUAAGUAGGUGGACAGCUCACAUUACCAGUCAUUCGUCAUCUUCUUACACCUGUCAACAUGUCUGAUCUCAAACCAGCACAGCUCUCUCACCCUCUCCUCAACAGCAUCCCGCCACACCUCAUUGACCGCUUCGACCCUACCUACGUAAAGUACCACACCCAUUACGCAGCUGGUCGUCUCGCCGGCCAUCAAGUCCCUAUCGAGGCCUACCGCAAAGACCCCUCCGCAUACAACACCCGCUUCGGCAAAGCCCCCGCCCCAGAUGCCAACGUGGGCGUCAUCAGCGACGAACAGCUACAAGUCACUGGCCCAGAUGGCCAGAUAACGAUCCGCGUAUACCAGCCCAAGACUACGCAGAUAGACAACAGGCACGGCCGACCCAUAUAUGUAAAUUUCCACGGCGGCGGCUGGGUGUUUGGCGACCACCUGGUUGAAGCAGAACAUUGCAAGCGCAUCGUACACGAGACGGGCGCUGUAGCUUUCGAUGUUGGAUACCGCCACGCGCCCGAAUUUCCGUUCCCCACGCCCGUGGACGACUGCUGGCAGGCGACACAAUGGAUCUUAUCGCCCGCCAUCAUCGCAAAAUAUAAUUUGGACGUAGCAAGAACAGCUGUUGGUGGUCCCUCCGCCGGCGGUCAUCUCUCGGCUGUCGUGUCUCAGCGAGCGCGCGACGCAGGGAUCAAGCUGGUGCUGCAGCUUCUACACGUGCCAGUAUGCGAUAUGGACCAUUAUGAUGAGAGCGGGAAGCUUUCACAGUCGGUACCGUACAAGAGUCAUGUGAAGAUGUACGAGACGGUUCCGUUGAGUGGUGCGCGGAUGGAGUAUUUCGCAAGGCACUUUCUGGGCGUACCGAGGCGCGCCGAGACAUACAACAAUCCAUCUGUGUCGCCGAUUCGCGCUGCUGAUCUGAGUAAUCUGGCCCCGGCGCUCAUAACGACUGCUGAGAUGGAUCCGCUGUGCUCAGAGGGCGAAGCCUAUCAUAAGAAAUUGUUAGAAGCGGGCAAUCAGUCGGAGUACCACAUGCUCAGAGGAAUGCCACACAUAGUGGCCGGGCUGGACGAUAUUUGUGAUGAGGCGAAGCGAUACAACGUGAUCAUCGUGGAGGCGCUGAAGAAAGCAUAUGGAAUCAUAUAGAUAGAGAACAGAGAGUGCAAUUGAUGUCACGACGCUCAUUUGGUCCUCC